UUUUAUGCGGCCUAUCGAUUACCAUACCGUUGGUCGACAAAAAAGGCAUCGCUUUACUUUUAGUUAUAACAAUUUUCAGCGUAAUACAGAAAUGACUAGCUGCAUGCAGCAGCAAAAGGAUCAGGAGCAAUUGCUGGGGCAGCUGAAUGACAGCGAUGAUGAAAUGGAUGAAGAGGGCGACAUGGAUGAGGAAGACAAGGACAAACAACUGCUGACUGAGCCGACAUUCAGCUUUUCGAACAGUAAUGCAUGCUGGGUGUGCAAUGGCUAUUAUGGACCCAAUUUCGGUGAGCCGCUUUGCGGCGCUUGUCAUGCAUUUUUGUACAACGCACAACGUGCCGAAGAAUUGUUGACGGAAUUGUCCGAUGACGAGGACUCGGGCAAUGAUGAGCCGCCGUUUAAGGACAAACAGGAGGAUGAUGAAACUGAAAACGAUGCAGACAUUAUGGGCUUUGAAGAUCUGGAGGAUGCAGCUCCAGUUGGACAACAACAACAGCAGCAGCAACUGCAGCAGGCAAACUUUGAAACGGAGCACGAGCCGGAACAGCAGCCGGCGCAACAACAACAACAACAACAACAACAACAACAACAGCAGCAGCAUCAGCAUCAGCAGCUGGCGCAGCCAGAGCAACAGUUGGACGCACAAAUGUUGCCACCACCACGUCGUGGCACACCUGAGCGUGAUUUUGAGCAUGAACGUGCUGUUAAUCCAUUUUUGUUGCCCAUUAAGCGUCCACGUCCCGCUGCACCGCUUGCUUUACCCCACUACAUGCAGGAGCUGGCCGAUGGACGAGCCCGUGCUCAUGAAUAUAACGGUCAAGGCGCUGGUUGCAGUGAAAAGAGCGUUACUAGCCUCGUACCCGUCGAGGUGAUGCUAAAGAUAUUUGCAUAUUUGGAUGACAUGUCGCUGUGGAUGGCCAGUGAGGUGUGCAAACAAUGGAAUGAGAUCAUUGCCAAGAAUACCGCACAAAGCAUGUGGAAGACAUACAUUAAACAGCGCUGGCCGCUGUUCGAGAGCCUAUCGGAGCAGCCCGACUGGUACAAGUUGUACGGUGCACUGAUGUCGUCAUGCUUUUGCCGCACCUGUCUCAUCGAACUGGGCAGCCAAUCGCCGCCAGCUGGCGAGCUAGGUAACGCGAUACGCAACAAUUUUUUGCGCGGCGAAGCGAAUCUGUUGAACAGCUACGAACCGGAGGGCAUUUCGGCCAUUCCAUUGGAUCGCCUGAACAAUUACUGGCAGGCAACGAUACUUGGACCACCCGGCAGUCCCUACGAGGGUGGCAAAUUCUUUCUAUUUAUAUACUUUCCGGAACGUUAUCCCAUGGCACCGCCAACGGUGCGUUUCUUAACCAAAAUACUGCAUCCAAAUGUAUCGAGACACGGCGAUGUUGGCAUUGAUAUAUUCCAGCAACAAAACUGGUCGUUGGCCUUAAACGUGGCCAAGGUGUUGCUCUCUGUACAGAGUCUACUAACAGACCCGUACACUGAGGUGUGCAUGGAGCCGGAACUUGGCUAUAUAUACGAGCAUGAACGUUCUCGCUUUGAGCAACUUGUGCGGGCCUGGACAUGGAAGUACGCCAUGCUCGAGCUGAUGACGCCACGUUAAAAUUAAUAACUCCCUUUUUAAUAAUUAGAGAGCCUUCUUUGAUGUCAUACCCUGCGAGGGUCGACACCAAAUCGCAUGUGUGCUUAUCGGACUGAAAGUUGGAAAACAUAUAAGACACCCUCUAUUAAGUUGUUUUUGUACAUGAAUAUAACUACAUAUUACCAUUAAUGUAUUUAGUUUAAUGCUGCCAUUUGAACGCUCUGUUUAUUUUGGCUUCUCUUCUCUCACAAUAUAGUCAAAAUUAUGCUUAA